ACUGCAUUGUAUUUUGCUGCUGAAGCUAGUCAAUAUUGGACUCCAGCAAUUAUCCGUACACGUGGUUCCAAUCCAGUUUAUCAACAACAACCAUCUCGUCAAUAUUUAUCUUCUGCACCUACUACUCAUACCACCACUAGCAGCAGCAGUGUUCGUCCUACAGAGGAUAAAUCACUACAGAGUGCACUACAUUUAUUCAGUGGAAUGUGUUUAUUCAUAGCACGUAUUCUACGUACAUUUUGGCGUUAUUCCAUGUUUUAUGAUGCAACUAGUAUAUGUUCCAAGUAUAAUGUUCAGUCAUUGUCUACUUGUAUGAAAAAUUCUACUACUACGACUACUGCUAAUAAUAAUAAUAAUGGAGGUUUAAAAUCAUGGGUGCGUAAUUUAAUUUAUACACUGUCAACUGUUUCAACAUUUGGUAGUGGACAGUCAACAUCGCCAUCAACUGAACAGAUUAUUAUUUCUCGUUUGGAAACAUCUGAAAUCACAUGGUUACGUAAUCAGAUUAUUUAUUUACAACAAUUUAUUGAACGUCAAUUAAAUGUUCGUGGUGGUUGGUUUCAAUUAUUAUCAUUGGCGUCAGCAUCAUCAGCAACAGCAUCGGCAUCAGCAGCAUCGCAUCAUUCUUUUAGUACUACUGUCAUCAGUGGUAAUAUU